AUGAUAAUUAUGAAAACAAGUAGUACAGUUGGUGAUAUGGUUUCGGAUAAUAUUGAUAAUAAACAAUUUCUUGAUUCAGAAUUGCAUAUAUCUGGUAUUAUUCAACAAUGGGUUUUAUUUAAUCUUGUAAAUACCAUGGUUAAUGCUGCUGAUCGAUAUUCAUUAGGUCAUUUAUUAUUAAUUGGUUAUACAAGUAAAGAUGCUGUUGCAUCAUGGUGUUCCACUACUUUACUUGCACAUUUAAUUGCUGAUAAUCCAAAACCAAAAGAAAAAUUACUUAAUGUUAUAUCAGCAGUUGAUCAGUCACCAACAGGUACUAAAACAUUAAUGGAAAUGUCAAUUGAUUUAUUAAAAAAUCCUUCAAGUUCAUUUAAUAGUCGUAUUGUUGUCCUCAUUUAUUUAUCAACAUGGUUAUUACAUUUUGCAUUAGCUGUACAACAAUUUGUUUUAAUACCAAGCACCAUUUCAUAUUUUAUUUCUCAAAUUCGUAAUCCAUCAAGUGAAAAUGAUCGCGAAGCUCCUAUGUCGUCAUUACAUGCAUUUGUACUUGAAUUGAUGUGUUUUUUUCCUAGUGAACGACUCAAACAAUUAAUAAAUAAAGAAAUUGGUGCUGGUGUUUUUAAAGAAAAACUCGAUAUGAUACAACAAUCAACAUCUUUUAUUAAUGCUUCAAAAAAUCGAUCAUUAACAUUUAAUGAUAUGACUUUUGAUUAUGCUUUUACUCGUUUAUAUCAUUAUUCUUGUGGUUUAAUAAAAAAGUUAUUUUAG